CGCGUCGGUGAGAGGCAGUGUAAGUAACCAUGACAGCCUUGUUGUUGUUGUUGGUGCUAGCGCUAGUGUCAUAGCCGCUCAAUACAAGAAAGUUAAGCCAACCUUAGCGUUUUAAUGUCUAAACCGACUGAAAAAAUGACAGUCUCGACGAGUGGUAUUAUUUAGAUGUAGCUGUGCUAGGAAGUGUGUUGUCAGAAAGUAACUAUGCCUCUGCUAGGGUACAUGUUAGCUAACCUUUAGUACGUAGCUGCUACAUAGCGUUAGCAACAUAUGUGGGGCUGAAGGAAAUGUCGUUGUUGUUCUACUGUUAUUUGUGAGUUCAAAUGCGGAGGCGAGAAGGCGAGACGGGAAGGGCUUAAGCCUUUAAAAAGACGGAGGGAAGGAGAAUGAUUUCACGGUACAACAGGAGACCUGUGUCGCACAAGUUAGAAAUUGUGUUUGUGCAGUCGUGGCUUGUCUCACAGCAGCUUCAACCACCACCCUCUCCCGGAGGAAGCAGACAUCCAAAACCCUCAGUGCUCCCUCCAAGAUGUGGAGGAAGCCACCGCCAUCCAUAGGAGUUCCGAGACAUCCCGUGCCUCCAGCCAUUCCGACUGUCCCACGGUCAUCUCGGUGGCCUCCAGCCGGUCCUGGUCGGGCAUACACAGCUCCACGGGCACGGGCAUCUCCACCGAGAGGAGCUCUGUCUUCUCCUGGGGCUACGAUGAGUUUGACAACGCAGCGUCGCGACAAGUGCAGCAAAUGUUUGAGGAGAUUGACAAGGAGCUGUAUGAGGGUAAAGGCAGCGGCACAGGGAUAUUGCCGGGACUGCAGGACGAGUGUCAGCAGUGGGCCGAGCGCUUUCCCCAUCUUCGGAUCCUGGGGACCCAGCUACUGUGCCCCAGUGACGAGGGCUUCCAGUGGUACAAGACAUCAGGGGCAGUCAGCAGUAGCAUCCCAUCAGCAUCCCACAAGUCAAUGGAGAAAGAAGACAGCGGCACAGAGCUGAACGUGAAAGGCCACAGUGCAGCGCUGCUCAAGUCCAGCUUGGCCGAUCUAGACGGCUCCCCAAGGGACUGCAACGACAGGCCCAGAGUGAUCGAGUCAGAGGGUCACAUGGAGGAGUACCUGGCCUUUGACAGCAUCAGCCUGGAGGACGAGUUGAAGUACUCGGAGCUGUCCCUCAGACACCGCUGCAUGCCUCCCGUCUCGCCAUACAAGUGUCGCCGUCAGGCAGUCCUCGACCAUUUGUUUGAUGACGUGUGGAAGCAGCUUGUGGGGUGCAUGAGGGAGCUGGUCCAGCGCCAAUGGGAGUGCCACGCCACAAAUGAUGAAAGGCCCUCUGGCAACGUGUGUCCUUCGCCGGUUACGCUCUCCACACUGCCCACCAUGCUGCCCAAGCUUGGGCAGGGCAGAGCGCCGCACCUGCCUAUGCUUGCCACCAGUCUGCAGUUCCAGAGGUCAAGGGACUCAAAGCACAAGUCCCGACGGAAAUCCAAAAGGCAGAAAAGGCCGCCCAAUGCAGGAAAGGCCCAGCACAACCUCAACGACCUCAUCAUGAUCCACAGCAUCCCACUGCAGCAGAGGAACCUGGCCGUGCUGGACAGAACCCAGGAGCCGGAGGAGCGUGCUCCCUUGAGACCAGGCUCCAGCCUGUCGCCUGUCAGCAAGCCUCGUACUCGCCGGGUUCUGGAGCAAAGUUCGUCGUCGCUGACCCGCCCGCCUCAGUCGGCACGCCGCAGAAACCUUCCGCCCCGCACGCUGCAGCCUCUGGCUCCCAGCCUCAGUCAGUCCAGCACAGUGGGAUCCAUGGAUGAGGUCAUUCGGGGGACACGGCUACCCACAGCCAGCGACCGGCUGAUGUCUCCACUGUUUGCGCUGAGCAGGAACACGCUCCUGCCGCCCAUCGGUGCCGGAGACACGGAGCUGUCCCCGUCGGGGCAGCAGUCUAAAGCUGCUCAGCGCCAAAAAGGCCCAUCCAGCCGGGCCCACAGCGCUAUAAACGACGAGGUUGCUAGUUCAAUCCCAAGGGAUCGUUUUUAUCCACUGGAGAUGUUCUCACGCCCCAACACCACGCACACAUACCGGUCAGACACUCCUUACCGGCGGUCCUUCACGGUGCUGGACAACAUCGGCCAGGGGAGGCCUGGCAGAGCCUCUAUUGCCACGGACUCCCUUGGGAUCGGUGUGACCGGCGUCAGCCUCGGCAUCGCUAGCUCAUCUUUCCUAGACUCGUUCUCCCACCACCAACCCUUGGGCCACUGGCCAAUCAGGGAUGAGGAAGAGGAGCCUGACCUCAACACCCCGCCCCCAGCUGCUCUGGUGCCCGUGUCUGUCCCAUCUCGCGCUCACAGCCGAGGUGGCUUCUCAUCCAGACUCAGCAGACCUGGACUGUAGCAGGUGGCUUUCCAAGUCUCCAUGCACUUUAGCCAUUCUUCUUUAUAUACAGCAGUGUAGUGCCCACCAUUUUCUUUUUUGUUAUUUUACAGAAAAAGUGUUUCAUAAAAGGUCUAUUUUUGUAUUUUAAAUCGGCUUUUGCGGCUGCCAAAACAAAACAGGAACACUCGGAUCUGCAAGAGGUGUGCUUAUUUGACUGUGUGAAUGUGACAACUGUUCUUCAACUGUGACAAAGCAGGACGGGGAUUAAAACCUAACUUUUAGUACUGUAUUUUCUAAAAACACAACUCAACACAUUUAUAGGUGGCAGCUCUAAGUGGAUUUGGUAUAAAUUCAGUCCUGUUAUUCCCUCUUAAUUUGCAUUUAACUGACAGUUAAAGGUGCAAAAAUGUGGAAAAAUGCAAAUCAUGCACAAGAAUAUUUAACUUUAUUGUUCUAUGAUGGCACUAACAAAAAAGUGCAAUUACAUUUUAUUACAAGAACAUUAUAACGAUAAAACAAUGAAAAUAAAGGGGCUUAACUUUUUUUUUUUUUCGGUCCACACCUCACUUCUUUCCUCUUUGUGCUUUUUGGGAUUUUCCACUUUUUUUGGAGUACUUUGCCUCCAGAUCGGACAGGAAACUAUUAAAGUUCUGCUCCCUGGACUUGUGUCUUUGCUGCAAAACAACAACAAAUUGAGGGUUGAGAUAGAGAAAAGCAACCAAACUAAACAUGCACAGUAAACACUAAAUGGUACCUUGAUCAUCAUCGCCAGACUGUCGUCCUCCUGACCGAGCCCCAUCUCUUUCUGCAUCUCCUCUGCUUCUUGUCGCUCUCUGUCAGCCUGGAGGAGAAAGUCACAUUAUUCAGGAAAUUGAACACAAAUUCCUAUGUUUGUUCAAGUGCCUCUCACCCUCUUUCUCCGAGCUCUCUUCUUCUUAUCGCUCUCCUUAGCGAAGGCAGGGAACUCUGAGACCUCCCCGCUCUGGAUGGCGGUCCGGAUGAUGUCGCCCAGCCUGGGUUCGUCUUCCUGGGAGCUGCAGAGAGCUGAGGUCAUGAUAGCGUCCAUGUCACCCUCGUGCUGCAUGUACAGCUGGAGUAAGUCCUGCCUCUCCUCGUCAGAGCCCUUGUAUUGCUUCUCAAAAUCAAGGAUGUCCUGCAGGGUGAUCUAGGUGACCGACAGAUGAGGUUGUUGUGCCGUCUCUGUUCAAAGGCCCAACAUCCAUGACAUGUUUCAAAACUCACCUUCGGGAAUAGUAGCCUCCAGUAGUCUUCCCAGCAGCGGUCCUGACUAAGGGCAUCCGACUCUUCGUCCACCACCCCCUGCUCGUCAUAAACAGCCCUCUGCUCCUUGUCACUCAGCACCGCGUACAACUUUCCUAAGACCUGUACCAGAGGAAAAAAAAAAAAGGUGAAUUAGUUUUUCAGUCCAUCAGUUGCAGUUAUGUGGAUAUAUUGUGAUGCAUUCAAGUAAACAGAGUAAACUUAAAGCAUUAUAUACAAUCACAAGCUUAUUCCUAUAUGAAUACGUGCCUCUCUGCAGUAAUACUGAUGCGAUUGUGCGGGUGAACCUAAUUAAGUGCUCGGUGUUUCUCAAGCCUGCCCCUUUGUGUGUUAUACAGCCAACAAAUUAAAAACACCCCGCACUGACGGAUGCAGCCAGUUCAUUGAUCAGGUUGAGCCAUAAACAACCUUGCCUUAGACUCUCAGCGGCACACAUCUAAAAUUAGCCGAGACAAGAGCGAGCGAAAAAGACAGCUAUUGUGUUUUCGCUAUGACACUCGCUAGUACGUGUAGCUUAGAGAGCGGUUACCUGGAAUUUCUCAGUAGCCAGCGGGUCUUCUGGGGCCCGGUCUGGAUGGACUUUUAGCGACACUUUGUAGUAGCUUCUCCGUAUCUCUGCCUCGGUCGCCUCUUUAUUGAUGCCAAGCACCUCGUACAGGCUCGCCGCCUUGAACAGCUGCUGACACCGGUCGAGCAAACCCAUCCUGCCGACGAUUCGUGUAGCCCCCCUCUCAGAAAUUACCCUACGAUGUCUAAUAUUUGUUAUUCUAAACCUUUCCUUCUUUACAUUUACGCACGACCUUCUUUUACCUCUUGCUUUUGUUUGGACACUUUUGGCGCGCUGGCAUAUCACACAGAUCUGCACGGUCGCAAACGUACUAACGUAAUAGUCAUACGUAAUAUCCUAUUGGCUAGAGCGAUUUUAACGUCAUAUGGUCGCGACAGACCUUGGUGUGACGGAUUGUUAUGGAUAAUAAUACGUCAUAGAAAGGAAAUUAUUUUUCUUCUAUAAUUGAUUUUUUUACAACUAUGGGACCUCCUAUAUGCUAAUAAUGUUGUAACCAAUGAAUUUAUGUCCACUAAAGAGGUUUAUAUUUUAAAUCACACUUGUUUGUGUGCAUGAAACCUUUAAUUAAAAUGUUGGCCAAUGUUCCUUAAAUUCUAGGUGAAUACAGUCAUCCCUUGCAAUCUCGCAGUUCGAUUAUCGCGCCCUCAUUAUAUCACCUUUUUAACUCAAUCAUUGAUCAAUAAAUUAUUGUUGUUUCUGGUAGUCUAUAGGCUCUUAUUAAUCAAACAGUUAUUGUAAUGCAAGUGAUGUGUAGUAUUCUGGCCACUAUGCAGCAGUAAUGGUACGUAGAUGAGAAAUCCAUCCAUCCAACCUAACCCUAUUACAUUACCUACCUUGCACUCCAUGUAGCCAGCCAUGGAUGCAGAGUGAAAAAAGGUUCUCCUCUCAUUCCGUGUGGAAGUGGUAAGUUUGUGUCUUGUUUUUCCCGUUGAAACCCUUUCUUAAGUUUAGAAGAACUAAGUUUAAGGCUAACUGGUUAGCUCGCUAGCUCGCGGACGUCGAGAGUCCCUGAAGCAAUAGUUGUGCAACCUGUUGUAAACAAUGACUAAUAGUGUAGUGGUGACUAUAGGGGUGUUAUUUCAUGUUUACAUGGCUCUAAUAAUGUUAAAAAACAUAUUUAGAAAGUCAUAAAGACGUUUUCUUCAGUAUGAAAAUAUUCCAUUUAUCAACAUGGAGUCCUAUAUUGCGGAAAUUUAAUUAUCACUGUCAGGUCUAGAACCAUCCAUCCAUCUUCUAUGCCGCUUAUCCUCACUAGGAUCGGGGGUAUGCUGGGGCCUAUCCCAGCUGACUUCGAAGUCACACCCUGGUCUGGUCACCAGCCAACCGCAGGGCACAUAUAGACAAACAACCAUUCACUCUCACAUUCAUACCUAUGGACAAUUUUGAAUUGCCAGUUAACCUAACAUGCAUGUUUUUUGGAAUGUGGGAGGAAACCGGAGCAACCGGAGAAAACCCACACACGCACAGAGAGAACAUGCAAGCUCCACACAGAAAUGCCCAACGAAGAUUCAAACCCUGAUCUUCCUGAUCUCCUGACAGUGUGGCCAACAUGCUAACCACCAGGUCACCGUGCGGCGGUCUGGAACCAAUUAAUCACUACAAACGAGGGAUGACUAAUGUAUUUUUUCAGUCUGCACUUUUGUAGUAGACCUACGAAACUGCACACCAUGAUUAUUAAUAAUUGACAUUUAUUUUUGUCAAAACAGCCCUCUCCAGCAUUCAUAAUUUGUCAAUGGAAACAAAAAACAAAAUAUGCAUCUCCUCUAUAACGGGUGAGUUAUUUUUUUUCUUGGCCGCACCUACCCAUUCCAGAAUUUCUGAGUGUUUGUGUGAAAAAAGUACCAAUGUGAGAUAAUGGACAGAAAAACAAUGUUGUGUCAAGGAUGACAUUUCCCGGUAGUGUGCAGGUAUAUCAUUACAAGGCAUCCAAUCAGAAAACACAUCCUUAAAUUCCGCUAACAGCCACUAGGGGGCACAGUUACAAAUUACGGCAUGAGAGAUUCUGUCUAGUUUGCUUAUAAAUUACCGAAAUGCUUUUAUUUAUAAUAUAACAUGGAAGUGCAUGUCUUUUGUUUAGUUUGUACAGUAUUCUCAAGAACAUAGAAGAGAUACCCCAGUAUUUAUUGGUGCGUUUGAAGCAGCACAAGAAUACAUCAAAGACAAUUUUGAGGCUAUAGCCACAAGUAUUUUUUUUCUUCCUGCUUCAUGCAAAAGCAGAACACAAAGAUACACACUUUGAACUAAGCAUCUCUAGAUUGCACCCACCUGCGUCUGUACAAUACGCAGCACCGGAAAUAUACACCACAACCCCCUCCCCACUCCCCUCCAAUGUCUCAGAUGUCAUCCAAUUAUUAUUGCCCCAUCUGUUUCUGUUGCAUAUUUGGCACACAGUCGCUGUUGGUUUUGUUUUUGCUCUGACUUCACAAACCUCAUCUGUCCUUUUGUACCCACGCACCAAAAUGAGCACUUGGACCAGUGCCGUGUCGUUAUCGUGAUCGACGAUGAAAAGCAACAAUGAGCAUCCUGUUGUAAAUAUUGUGAACGUUUGCUGGUGUGCAGAUCAUCCUCCUCUCAUGUAAGAGUCCAACCAUUGCUCCUACAAGGUAGACAACAGUCAAAUGACUUCGUUCUCGUGUUCUGUCUUUACGGCGUGUAUUCCAUAACCCUCCAAUAGGGGGCAGCAUUUCAGCAUUCCUUCCUGGUCUUGACCGUCUUGCUGGCGUACUUGAUAGGGAUUCCCCAGCGUCUCAUUAAGUAGACAUCAAACACAUAAGUGGUCCCCGGCUCAAGGCUACCGAUCACAGCUGUCGUGACUGCCCGCCUCGGAUUCAGCUCCUGGAAAUACUUGCAGAGGACCCUCUCCGUAUCGGAGCGGGACUCCGGGCCCAGACAUGGAGCAGUUAAGGUGUCCCCUUCAGGACGGCCUAACUUUCGCCUGUACACACAGUAGAGGCUCCUCUCCUCAGUGCCCAUCCAAGCCAGCGUGAUGCUGUUGCACCCACGCAAGCGGUUGAAGGAUUUUACCUGCAAGGUGGACGGCAAGGACGGGACGCCUCUGCGGUGGUAUGCUGAAGAGGUCUGCAUUUUCACAGAAGCUGUCAGCCCCGCUGGUAAAUUAGCAGUGGUGGUUCCUUGCCUUUGCAAGUGGAUGACAUAAACUGGGCUUCCUUGCAGCCAAAUCUGCACCAAAUCCUUCCCCACGGCCUGAGAAGUCAGAACAACACCUUUACUGGAGACGGUGACCUUGACUUUGUCACCCCCGCCACAGCUCUGCAGGGUAAGCAGGCCGUUCUGCUGCACGCCGUGUGGACGGAAGCUGAAGAACUGCUCUGAAGUGGAGCCUCUGUCUUGGAAGGUGACCCACCUCAGCUCGCCCUCAGUCAACGUGGUGAUGGACGGCCGUGCUUCCUCGUGCGUCCGAGCAGCGGUCCCCUUGUAGGCCGCACUGGUGCCGUUCACCCGGUCCAUCAUGAAAACGUCAAAGUAAUACUGGGUGUCGGGCAGGAGCUCGGAGACAGUGCAGACGCUCUCUGUCCCCCGACACACGCACUGGAGAUCAGCGUCCGUUUCCGAGUCCCCCUCCCACUGCUCCCACCACCAUUCCUUCAGGAUGGGCCACGCCAUCACCCUCGUCUUCUUCUCCAUCCUCUUUUUAACUUCCUCCUUCCUGGCACUCUCUCGAGCUGCACAAAGGCUGGGGAAGUUGCGUUCAGAGUUGACCAGGACGCAGUAUUCGUAACUCUUCUGAGGGAGGCCUGUCAGCGAGGCACUGGGAGCCCAGCUGAGGGUGACGCUGGUCAUCCCCACUCCGAGCGUGUGAACUCGAGGGUCAGCCGGGACCUGAGGGAAGGCCCCCGAUAUCCCCGGGCCUUGGUGAAGGUAUACCGUGGCUCUGCUGCUUUGCUGUUUGGAGCGCAGCCUCAGGAUGUAGACGGACGCAAGGGGGGAUGCAGGGCCGCUAUAGGUGUCCACAAUGUUGCCAGAAAAGCUGUGUAUUCUCUCCUCGGUCCCAGGACCCCUCCACCACACCUCAGGCAUGCUCUUUUUGGAGCUCCCUAUCAAGAAAGGAGGACAGGAAUAGUUUUUAAGAUAGAUUUAAACACAAAGGUGUUUUCUUAUCUAACAAAACUGGACUUUAGCUUGUUAGUGGGCAUGUGACCAUAUUGUCAUUCUACAGAAAAUAUCAAUAGAUGUGAUUUUAUAUUGUGAAAAUUAAAUAUAACGAUAAUAAUGAAAAAAAAAUGUAAUGUUAAAAAUAAAUCUUAAAAUGUACUCCAAUAAGGUUGGAAUUUAAGAUAUCCAAUGAUUUUAAUGCGUGUCCUAAAUGUGGUUAAAAUGUUUUCCUAAAUGGAUCACAGACAUUCUCAAAUAAGAAGUUUUAUCUGUAUAAGCCAUUGUGUUUAACCUACCAAGCAACAACAACAGCACCAAUUUAGUGAAAAAUACCAUCGUAUUCAUUUGUUAUUUUAUUUUAUUUUGCUUUAUUUUUUAUGUCAAACACAGGAAGUUAACAGACGUAUCAGUAAUGGCUGGAGGUUGGAUUAAAAAAGCUCUUCUUCCUACUCCUUUUGGGCAUGUUGAAUUGUGCAAAGUGCAAAUAAUAAUUUUUAUUAGUAAUAUCUUGUUAUUUCAGUCCUACAUUUGCGCAGCACGCAUCCAGUGAUGGAUAUUGAACACAAACCCAGUUUUUCUACAGAGGGAAAAUCUGCAAAUAAUUGAACAAAUAAACCAGUCGUCUUCAUCUUUCUCUUUUUGCAGGCGAGGAGAAACCACUCCGCAAAUGAAACGUUACAGAAUCA